CCGAUUAUUCCAAACUUCCCUUGCAUUUUCCAAACCACACCCACAUCACUUCAUUUCAUAAACCCUUCUUUCAUUUCAGUUUCCAUUAUUUUUUUUGAUUCUUACUCCUUCUUCCAACCCUCACCAAAAUUCUUGUUACCUUCGCCCCUUUCAAUGGCCUCCAUGAGUUUCACAAUGGAUUCAGUUUCUGUCUUAAACCCUAAACUCAACCACACCCGUCCCUCUCUCCAUUCUCCAAGGUUUCACCCUUUACUCAAUAGCCGCACUUUCAAACUCUCCCUCCCCCGUUACGCUCUCAAUCAACGCAAACCCUUAACCGUCACUUUCUCCGCGCCGCCACACGACUCGGAUCAUGGCGAAGUUGAAGUAGAAAAGGGGAAUGAUAAUGUUGAUGUUGAUGUUGGUUCCGUUGGUUCCGAGGAGGAAUCAGAAUCACAGGAAGCGUGGAAGCAGGCUCUGGAAACAUUCAAGGAACAAGCAUUGAAGGUGCAAGGGGUUUCUCAGGAGGCUUAUGAGUUGUACUCCAAGAAGGCGGUUGUUAUUUUGAAGGAUACUUCGGAGCAGUUGAAGAUACAUGCGGAUAAGGCGAAAAAUGAUUUGAGUGUUGUGGCGAAGGAAGUUGCUGAGGAAGGGAAAGAGUAUUUCUCUUCUGCGACGGAGAGUUCGCCCGACGUGAAGGAGAUUGUGGAGACUUUUACUUCGCCGGAGGAUGAUCUUAGCAAUGUUUCGGGAGUGAGGGACUUUUAUGUUGGGAUUCCCUAUGGUUUGCUACUAUCUCUGGGUGGCUUCCUUUCCUUUAUGGUAACAGGAAGCAUUGCAGCAAUAAGGUUUGGGGUGAUUUUAGGCGGUGGUCUGUUGGCUCUAAGCAUUUCAAGUCUGAAAUCAUAUAAAAAAGGACAGCCCUCUUCUCUAGCUUUGAAGGGCCAAACAGCUAUAGCAAGUAUCUUGUUUCUGCGGGAGAUUAGCUCAGUUGGCAGAGGAUCAACUUAUUUCACUGCCUUGAUCAGUGGUGUGGUAGCGGCAUUUUACGUCUAUAGACUAGUUUUGGAUGGUAAACCACAAAAAGGUUCAAACUUGGAAGGUGAAGCAGGAAACUAGUUCAGUGAUAAGUGUCUAUUGGAAGAUCUGCAUGAAGAUCAUCAGAUAAAAACAGAAGAUAUGCAUGAAGACUGUCAUAGUAAAUUUUUGGUGAUUUAUUUAUUUCUUCGAUAUUCACAGGCCGGGUUGUCAAGACUCGUUGCUGAAGACUAGGGUUACAGUUUCAUGCAUGAAAAAAAUUGAGCAUCUGCAAAAUCUUGAUAUACUUCAGUAGUACUCUAGUGUAUAAUUAUGAUGAUUUAUGAAUGAACUCCUUGCAUUCUUCA